AUGUUUGGGAAACAAGACAAAAUGGACGUUAGAUGCAGUUCAGAGACUGAAGCGAACCGGGUCUCGAAGAACGGACAUAAAGAGGGCAAGGAAAGCAAAGGGUCUGAAGGAAAUAUUUCUACUUCUUUUUUGAAGGAUCAGCAAGGGACUUUUUCUGCUUCUGCAGCUACGGAAGAUUGUAAUAAAAGUAAAUCUAGUUCGGCUGAUCCGGACUAUUGCAGGAGGAUCCUAGUCAGAGAUGCCAAAGGUUCAAUCAGAGAGAUUAUUCUGCCUAAGGGGCUUGAUCUGGACCGUCCCAAGCGAACCCGCACC